ACUAAAGUGGAGAACAACAGAAAUCUCAGUCCAACAGCUGAACGAACUCAAAACAGCAGCGAGAGAGAGACGGCGAGAGAAAUGUGUCUUGCGUGGCUAUUGGUGGCUGUGGUGGUGGUGGGCGUGGCCAGAGGAGACGCCAGUCAGUGCUGGGAACAUCCGAGCUGUCAGGACGUCAACUCUGAGACGAGCAUGAUGGAGUGCAUCAAGCACUGUCGCUCCGACCUCACCGCCGAGGUGCCCGUCAUCCCGGGUGCAGCCCACCUCCAACCCCCUCCUCCUCCUGCUCCUCCAUCAGACCCCGAGUCUCUGCCUCCCCUCUCUUUUUUAUCUCCCUCCUCCUCCUUCUCCUUCCCCUCCACUCCUCAGGCCAAGCGCUCCUACUCCAUGGAGCACUUCCGCUGGGGGAAGCCCGUUGGGCGCAAGCGCCGCCCGGUCAAAGUCUACGCCUCCAACGGCGUGGAGGAAGAGUCGGCCGAGCUGUUCCCCGGAGAGAUGAGGAGGCGGGAGCUAGCCGGCAAGAUGAUGAUGGAGGACGAGGAGAAGGCGCAGGAGGUGGCAGAGGAGGAGGCGGAGGAGCAGGAGCAGCUCCCCGGUGACCUCCACGAGAAGAAAGACGGCACCUACAAGAUGAAGCACUUCCGCUGGAGCGGCCCGCCGGCCAGCAAGCGCUACGGCGGCUUCAUGAAGAGCUGGGACGAGCGCAGCCAGAGGCCGCUGCUCACGCUCUUCAAAAACGUCAUCAACAAAGACGGACAGCAGGAGGGAGAGCAGUGAGGGAGGGAGGAGGAGGAGGAGAGGGAGGGAGGAGAGGGAGGGAGGAAA